GCACGCAAGAAUGGCGGCGUUCAAAUACAAGUGUUGUGUUGGUGAUUGUGAUGCAACAAGCUCCAAUUAUAGACUUUUUUGCAUGCCCUUAAAUGUUAAUUUAAGGAAACUAUGGCUAUCGCUAUUGGUUCCGACCAACCCUAAUUUACUCGGACUAACCGAGAACCAGCUGUUAAAAAAACGUGUCUGUGAAAGACAUUUUGACGAGACUCAAUUCGAUAAAUCUGGCGUUAGAACCCGCUAUUCAUAUCCAUGUCUUUUUACGGAAAUGGAAAUUGCUCAUGGCAUACCUCUUGCUAAGGGUUGGAAUUUUAUGGAUGACCAUAGUUACUGUCAGGGCUAUGAACAAGAAUCUGAUAAUUCAAUUGGUGAACCAAUUACAAUGACAGGUAAUAUUUUCGACAUGCAUAGGUAUUCACUCCCAUCAACCAGCUAUUCAAAAGAAGUUAUAGCACAACAUCAGGAAAUAGAUGUAUCCUCUGGUAUGGUUUCUGUGACUGAGAAAAAUGAACACAAAGUUUCCAAGCCUCAAAUGAGCACAGGAAAGUCACUAUGUUUUAAUAAGGAAAUUCGCAAUUAUGUUAAAAAAUGUAAAAAAAUUGCUGUAGAUAAUCAGAAGAAGACAAAUAGUCAGAUUCUACAAAGUGCACAAAAACAAACUGAAAAUCAUUUGUUUAUGAAAAAUUUUUAUAAACUUAAUAACAAAGCCCAAGCAUUCUUGUUAUUGCAAUUAAAACUUGCAACGAAAAACAAAAUGGCAAGAAGAUUUAGUUUAGAAGACAAAUUAUUUGCCCUUGCUCUGAUGAAGCAAAGUCCAAAAGGAUAUAAAUUACUGGAAAAGAUGUUUGCUUUGCCUAAUAAGAGGACACUAGUUCGAAUCUCAAAUACUAUUGAUUUGGAAUGUGGUAUUAAUGAAAAUAUUUUUGAAUAUAUAAAGAAAACCACAAAAGACUGGACAAUUAGUAAAAAGCUUUGCUCAAUAGUUUUUGACGAGGUGGCACUGACACCACGUCUUACAUAUAAUGAAAGCAAGGACAAAAUUAUUGGCUUUGUUGAAAUAGCAGGAGAAAGAAAGCCAAAGUUAGCUGACCAUGCUUUGGUUUUCAUGAUCAGAGGCAUCUGCUCUUGA